UUUUGUUUAAACAUGAAUGAUGUUUAAGUUGUAAUGGAGUUCCUGUAGUCAAGGCGAUUUUGAUAUUAGAUAGUAUUUAAUAUUGAAAAUAUCAUUUGUGUUAGUUAAAUUUCCGCCGUUUAAAUUAAAAAAUAAAUUUGUAAUAUUUAGUUGGUCUUGUAUCACUGACGCCUUGGGCAUUGUCCGGCGGGCAUCUUACCUCAUGAGCUUUUCUAACGGUCUUUCUACAUACUUUAAAAAAAAAAAUAGCUCGUGAAAUAUGGGUUGUUACACUUGACGUAUUAAAGACAGAAAAUCCAAUGCUAGAAAUGGACGAUACUAGCAUUGGAUUCUGACAAAUACGGGAAAUUCCUUUUCAUCUUCUACACCAAAUUUUUAAAAAUUAACGUCUCUUGUCGUAAUUUUCUAAUUUGGAUAAAUGGAAAAAGAAAAAGGCAAAAUCAAAGAGGAGGAGGAUAAGGAGAAGAUACACCAACCGAUGAAAAAGAUUUUGCUUUUGCGGCGGUUGUCAACGGUGACAAAGUCAAAAGACCAUGUACCUGCCGUCGCCUUUGCAUGGUUUUGCAGCCUUAGCCAUUUCCCUGGCAUUGAACUAUUGUCCAGUAGUGCUUCCUACCCAACCUGCUUUUGCAUCUGAAUUUGAUGUUCUAAAUGAGGUUCCAUCUCAGGAUGAUUAUGUAUUGGAUGAUGCUGGUGUUCUGAGCAGAGUGACAAAAUCUGACCUCAAAAGAUUGUUGUCAGAUCUUGAAUCAAGAAAAGGGUUCCACAUCAAUUUCAUCACAGUCCGCAAGCUCACGAGCAAAGCAGAUGCUUUUGAGUACGCUGACCAAGUGUUGGAGCGUUGGUACCCGACCGUUGAACAAGGUGCUAAGAAAGGCAUAGUUGUGCUGAUCACCAGCCAAAAAGAAGGGGCAAUCACAGGAGGUCCUGAAUUCAUCCAGGCUGUUGGUGACACCGUUCUUGAUUCCACUGUGUCUGAGAACCUUCCAGUGCUUGCUACCGACGAGAAGUAUAAUGAGGCGUUCUACAGCACUGCCCAGCGUCUAGUUGCUGCCAUCGAUGGGCUUCCAGACCCUGGGGGUCCUAAAGCCAAAGAAAACAAAAGGGAGUCAAACUUCAAAACCAGGGAAGAGACGGAGGAGAAAAGAGGGCAAUUCUCACUUGUAGUUGGAGGAUUAUUAGUGAUUGCAUUUGUUGUCCCCAUGGCACAAUACUAUGCUUAUGUCUCCAAGAAAUAA